UUCGCCCAAGGACAUGGGGAGGGCGGAGAGCCUUCCUCCUCCCUUUGCUCCGAAUGCAGAAAAGGAGGGGGGUUCCAUCCCUUGGCAAGACUGCCACGGGAGCUCUGCCCUCACACAGACACAGCCUCCCGUCCCAGCCGCCGGUCCCCGUCUCCGACGUGAGCCCUUUGAGCCAAGUGGCAGCCGGCUCGGAAGCUCUGUGACAGGUGUACGUGACAUGGCGGAGCAGCUGUCUGCAGAACAGGUGGCCGAGUUCAAGGGGGCCUUCACCAGGUUUGACAAGGACGGGGAUGGAAAGAUCGACGUCCAGGAGCUGGGUGCCGUGAUGCAGGCCCUGGGCAAGAACCCGUCGGAAGCCGAGCUGAAGCAGCUCAUCGCCCGGGUGGAUACCGAUGGCGACGGCCACAUCAGCUUCGACGAGUUCCUGGCAGAGAUGGCCAAGAUCAUGAAGUCCUCGGGCAGCGAGGCGGAGAUGCGGGAAGUCUUCCGUGCCUUCGACCUGGACGGCGACGGCCACAUCAGCGUCAACGAGCUCAAGGAGGCCAUGGCCAAGCUGGGCGAGAAUCCUUCCCAGGAGGAGCUGGACGCCAUGAUCCAGGGCGCCGACGUGGACCAGGACGGGCAGGUGAACUACGAGGAGUUCGUGCGCAUCCUCUCUCAGAAGUGAGGCCCGGCCCGGGGCCCAUCUCCUGCCUGAUUCUGGUCCUCGUGCCUUCUCGGGGCCCCUGCUUCCGUGGCACAGAUGUAAAGGGGAAGUCUGGGUGGGGGGUGGGAAAUUACCUACUGGAGGGAGGGCCUGGGGUCCGCCCCGUCUGCCCGGUGAGACCUCGGAGCAGCUCCUGUAGAGAAACGGGGAGGCCCCCUGCCUCACUGGGCUGCGGUGAGGGACCCCAGAGCAAUGUGAUGGCUGACAUAAAAGCAAUUGGACUCCGA